UAGUAACCAGAUUGUCUAAUGGCGGCGGCGAUGUUGAUGUCGGACUGUCAGCUCGGUGUGGCGAGUGGUGGCGGCGGGGGAGGAUUAAACGGAUUUGAUGGCGGAGGAGGCACUGGCCACAACGGCCCCACAUCGGGUCAACUCCCUUGGAACAGAAGUUUGGAGCGGGCCUUGGAGGAAGCUGCUGCGACCGGAGUGUUGAACUUAAGCGGGAGGAAACUGAAGGAGUUCCCGAGGAGCGCGGUGAACCAGGACUUGACAGAUACUACGCAGUCGGAUCUAUCCAAGAACAGAUUAGUGGAGAUUCCAGCUGAAGUUUGUUACUUCGUGUCAUUGGAGAGCCUUAACCUCUAUCAGAACUGUAUACGAAGUAUUCCAGAAGCCAUUUUAAAUCUACAAUCAUUAACCUUCUUAAAUAUCAGUCGCAAUCAACUCACAACAUUGCCUGGGCAUAUCUGUACUCUCCCCUUAAAAGUUCUGAAUGCAAGCAACAACAAAUUAAUAUCAUUGCCAGAAGAGGUGGGAUUACUACGGCAAUUAACUGAACUUGAUGUCAGUUGUAAUGAGAUACAGACAUUACCGUCACAGAUGGGAAACCUGGAGAUUUUAAGAGACCUGAACCUAAGGAGAAAUCACUUAGUAACUUUACCAGAAGAACUUGCAGAUUUACCACUUGUGCGAUUAGACAUCUCCUGCAAUAAAGUGACAACAAUUCCAGUCUGUUACCGAAAUUUGCGGCAUCUUCAAACAAUUAUAUUAGAUAAUAAUCCCUUGCAGUCUCCACCAGCACAGAUUUGUAUAAAGGGGAAAAUCCACAUAUUCAAAUACCUUAAUAUUGAAGCAUGUAAGAAUGUUCCAGAACUACCAGAAUAUGACAGAACAAGACCAACUGGGUUCAACUCAUGUCAGGAAGAAUAUUUCACAGGUCGACCAUAUGGAGCACUGGACUCAGGCUUUAACAGUGUUGACAGUGGAGAUAAAAGAUGGUCAGGGAAUGAGCCGACAGAUGAAUUUCCUGACGUUCCACAACGAGUGGCUGAAAUUGCAAAGGAGCAAAGGCAGCGACGAGAGUGUCAGCAUCAUGAACAGCGAUCUUCAUCACUCAUGCCAAAUGGCAUAGUUGAACAUGAUCUAGAACAGAUUGAUUACAUUGAUAGCUGUCCAGUCGAGGAAGAGGAGGAGGAAGUGCGAUUGUUAAAACGUCCUGAGUCCACUAGCCUCAGUUCACAAUUUAUGGCAUAUAUUGAAAAGAGACGCAUUAACUAUGAGGGUUCUUCUGUGAAGUCACCAAAGCUUAUUGGAGAUCCACAAAGAACGGAAAAUGGGAGGAGCUGGUUACAACAGAGCAGUGAAAUUUCAGAAGCUGGCAUAGUGUCAAAAACUACUGGUCAAUAUGUGACUUCGAAUGCUGGAUGCACAGAGUUGGAGCCACAGAAAAAGCGUGAGCAGUUAAUGGUUGAACGGACCAGAAGAGAGGCACAAAUUGCAGCUGAACAAUAUGAAGAAGAGCGAAUCCGAACAAAACAAAUACAGAAAGAAGCUGUUCUUGACUUUGUGAGAAAAAAAAGUGGCCUGAGCCCUCAGAAACAGAAUCCUUCAGGCAGCGAUCACAGUGAUCACCCCAAACAUUACCCUGUCAGACGGUCUCAGCACACAGAUGAUAGCGCCUUAUUAGUGAAUGGCUUUGAACCGCACUUCUUCUUUGAGAUUGAUAAUAACACCAAUACCAUUAAACGGAGGCCUGGCCCUCACACCAAGAAUGAAGACAAAGCACCCGUGUCACCAAAUGCAACGACCCAAUCAUCUGCACAUAUAGUCCAGCCUGGCCUUUCUUCUCCCCACUUUUACAAGCAGGCCAUGCAACCUAACCGACCUGAAAGCUUUCUCUUGAGAGCAACCAUGCGUGAUGAAAUGAAAAAGGAUGGGAACUUUUCUGCUUUGUCCUCUGUAAACUCUGGCCAGGAUUCUGAAAUCCCGAUGAUGCUGCAGAACCAAAAACAAUAUGAGGAUGAACAGAGAGCGGUUCAGCAACUAAGGAAGAACAUUGAAUCACGGUUAAAGGUUUCACUCCCAAGUGAUCUUGGAACAGCACUUACAGAUGGUGUUGUCCUCUGUCAUCUGGCUAAUCAUGUGAGACCACGGUCAGUCCCUAGUAUCCAUGUCCCAUCUCCAGCAGUGCCCAAACUUACAAUGGCAAAAUGCAGACGAAAUGUGGAGAACUUCUUAGAGGCAUGUAAGAAAAUUGGUGUACCACAGGAUGUCCUUUGCUCUUCAUCUGAUGUGCUCCAAGCCAACUUCCUCACCACUCAAAAGACGGUUGACAUGCUACUGACUUUGGGAGCAAGCAUAACCAGUCCUGUUCUUGCCCCUCUCUCUGGUGUCCAGCUUGCAGGCUUUGCUCUCUUUUACGUCAAUGUUAUGCUUCUGCUUUUUGCUCUGUACCAUUGGGUCACUGUAUUCUAAUUAGAAGAGAAGGUAUGUGCAAGGGGAAGGAUGAGAGAAAGGGAGUCUGUAAGUGAACUGCACUACUGGUUUUGAUUGAAUAAAGUUCCAUAGAAAAUGUUUUCUAGUACUUCAAGGUUUUUAAUAGAGAUCCAAUGAUUAGAUUUCAAUAGUUUGGAGAAGAAGCCAUUCAUAGUGCCUUCAAUUCAUUUUGCAUUUUAUGGGUUUUAAGCCAGGUUCUAUUUUCUUUUAAUCAUUUGGUCUUCUCAGCCCACUCUUUGGAUGAAACAUUCAUGCAUGCAUACACACUCCAAAAAAACUUAAAUAAUUGUCGUGACUAUUUAUGAUUAUCUUGAUAAUCAGAUUAAAAUAUUUCCAAAAUAACAAGACUUGUUUACAUACUUUUGGGGCUUGUUCUAAGGGCAGGACUUAAUUGGAAAAUAGAUCAAGUAGUUACAAUCAACAUUAGUUAGAUAUUUAGCUCUCUUUUAGUGUUGCCUUUGGAUUGCCAGAUCUAAAAAGACAGUGCAUUAAAAUACUCUGUCUUCAAAACAACUCCGUUAUUUAUUCUAUCAAACUGUGAUCCAUUUGGAUUAUAUUUAAAUCAAUUAUAUUUGCAUUAAGUUGAUAAUGCUGACUUUUAUAAUGCGGUUGAGUGGCUUGUGUAACAGUUUAGUUUGCAGACUAUUGAUUAUCUUCAUUUACUGUGAAUCUGCACACAUACUCAUUUAAAUGUUUAAGUUAACCAUAUGUCUAUUGUUUCUCUGUCUUCAGUAUUACUGUUACAGGGUGUAUUAAAGCACAACUAUUAAAAGCCAUAGCAAGAAUAGGUUCAGUAGUAAUAAUCUGAAUUUUCUGGGGGGGCGGGUGGAAUAAUGAUUUCAGAAAAAUUAUGUAGAACUUUUAAUGUAUCAAUUGUAAAUCACCUUGGUCCUGACCCCACAGUUGAACGUCUACCACAUUUAAAAAUUGUUCAGGAAAUGCAGACUGUUUCAGACCAAUUUCUGCCUGGUCUCUGAAAAUAAAUAAAAUUCAACAUAACAUUAUGCAACAAAGAAUGUAACCAAAUUUAAUGGAGUAAAGAUCGACUCACCUAGGUACAUAAAAAAUCUUUGUAUUUAAAUGUUCGCUUGUUGUAACUGAAGAACUUGCUUUUCUCAAGUACAGAAAUCUUAUCUAGCCUAGUACAUCAUUAAUAGUUUAAUUUAUAUUUGAUAUUUUUGAUUAAGACACUAACAUCAAAGAAAAAUAUUACUGUAACUACCUUCUUUUGCCUUUAAUCAUGAAACAUCAAAGAUAAUUUAUGUUUUAUAAGGACUUUUUAUAUAACACCUUGUCAUGCUCAGUUUAUAAAUAAAAUAUCGAAUUCUUGAUCAGCAAAAACAAGUACUUUACGAACAGAUAGUGUAACAAUCUUCCAGGUAAUAUUUAUGCCUGUUUUCCAAGACAACAGUUAAUAUUACACAAUUUGCAAAUUUUUACAUCCUCUAUUCAGAGAGGUUGACAUUUAAUGAGAGUUAGUGGUCAUUACUACCUGUAAUUGGAUCACUGAAAAUUAUUUUGUUGUAGUCAGAAUUAGUUAUACAAGAGCUGAUUCAAUCCAUUUUCAUUUUUCCUAUAUUAAUCACAAGUCUUAUUCUUGCAUUGUACCAAAGAUGAAAUCAGUGUAACACAUUCAAAGGAGAAUGCAUAGAAGUGCCACAAUUGUUAUUUGUUUACAAUUCUGCUCAACUCUGAGACCUAAGUUUACAAUUGCCAAAGGGGAUACAAGCCAUCUUAAGGAAUAAGUGCCCUUCUCUGAAUCUUAACUUUUAGCUUCUUUGCCCUUAGCUGGAGAAUGAGUCCAUGGUAAGAGUCCACUUCUUAUUUUGCCGUGUGCAACUGUAAAGUGAUUACUCAAUGGGGUGUUCAAACAUAAUGACCAAUCAGUGUAAACUUCUAACUUUUCAGCACUGUAUGUAUACACCCCUUUCCAGCAGGAUAGAAGUCAGGAGUGAGGAAUAGUGGGCUUAUUUAUUUUUUCAAUACCCCAAUAUUUAAGACAAAUUUUAACAGUUCUGUUGGUUCUUGAUUGAUCAACUUGCUUCUCUUCAAGUAAGAACUUAAGCUUAGACUUAUAUAAUCUGCACAGCACAGGAAUAUAUUUUAUGACUCAACCAGUGAUGGAUUUUUAACAGGUAAUAUUACACAAUUAAAUUAGUUUUAACAGGUAAACAUUACUUUUCAUUAAUUAAAGCCCAAGAUGUUUUGAAAGGUGUUCUGAAGAUACAGCACAUAAUAUUCUGUAAUAAAAAUAUAAAUUUUCUCAAGAUAUUAAAAAUAUUUGAACUUCCUUGAUGCUGGAGGAUGUAAAUAAUGUCUCUUUAGUUUGAGAGUUGACUUGUGGUUGUUGAAAUAGAAGUCCAAAGUAUUCAGUAGUUCAGUCAACACUUACUAGGUCAGAACCAGUGAGAGCUGCUAUUGAUUUUAUGUAAUAUUGUAAGAAAGAAUCUAAAUGCCAAAUAAUAAAUUUUCAAUUAACUGAAGCAAUACCUGAUGAAAGAAUAGUGUACCUAUAAUUUCUGUACCCAAUAAUAUUUGCAUUUCAAAGAAUUUUCCAAUUCAUAUAAAGUUCCAAUUUGACGGGAAAAGAUUGUUAUCAAUAAAUUUUAAGAAUUAUUCACGUUUGAAGAGAAAGUUAUAGAUUCAAAUUGCUUAUUUCUCACUGAGUAGUUUAUUUUGAAAAUAGUUGAUUUUUAAGACAUCAUUUCCAAAUUUGUUUGAAACCUGGCUUAGUUUUGGUAUUAGAAAACUACGUUGGUUUUUUUUUCCCUGAUGGGUGAUGAAUAAUAACUUUGCAGUAUUUUUCAGUGGACAACCUUGAAAGUUUGGGGUCUGUACCAUUAUAUGUAAAAUUCUUUCAUGUGUGUUUCCUUGCAGAAAAGCCAGGUAACAUUAUAACUGAAAUUAACUUUACAUUAUAGCUGAAAUUCAACAGGGAAAUUGAUUUGUUGCCUCUCAUUAUGUUAAAUAGGAAUUGGAUAUAUAGAUCACUAAUGCAUUUUUAACCAUGCAUGUAUAGGAUGAAAGGUCUACCAAUAAUAAACUAACCCAAUAUAAUACCUUUUAAAACCUUUUGUCUUUAUGCGAACAAAGACGGCAUGUAAACAGUAUUUAAUGUCAAAAUUCAUUCAACUUUAAGUAGAGUAUAUUUUUUGCAUUAACUUCCAUUAUCUUUCAUAGAGUCAGUACAUGAGGUUUGAAAGUAGUGGCUAUUGAUUGAAGUAGGUUUUAGCAAGUGUUACCACACCAUCUUCCCACUUCAUUACUACUUGUCUUUUUCCGGUAUUCAUUUGUGUGCAAAUUAAUUUGGUGUUAUUUCAUUUUUCAGGUCUUCCAAUUUUUGUUAUUUUACACAAGUAUAUCAUUUGUUAAUUUUGUUUUUCUCCUUUCCUUUUAUUCCCCUCCCUUUCUCUUGUUUUUGAUUUUGUUUAGGAUCGGUUGUGCCUGCCCCUUCACAUUCUAGAAGAGAAAGGACUGGCACAGGUAGCAGUGACUGUAGAAACUCUGCUUGAGCUCGCUCCUACUAAGCAGCACCAUUAAUCAACUGUCUAGCGACUACAAGUGAUGGGCGUCACACCCAGGAAAUAUUUUGCAGCAUUAUAAAAAGUAUUCCACUUUGGUCUGCAUGGUGAUCAUAUUUAUCACAUUCUCUUUUUUUGGAAUCUCAAUGAUCAUUUCCUGCCUUGUUGGCACUAGAAGCCAUUUGUUAAACAUGACUCUUUUGAUCUUUGCAUUCUGUUACUUUUAUGAAAAGGCAGCACUCCAUUUGUUUUUUAGCUUGAAUACUAUGAUCCAAGUGGUUUUCAUAGUAGCACUCAUUGAGAUAUCGCAGAGUAGUCCUAACAACAGAUUAAGGAACUAAAAUAAAAAAUAGAUUUCCCCUCAACUUGCCUCAUGAGUGGCCAAGCAACACAUUAGAUUUCUUGUUUGUGUCGUGGCCAGUUGGAUGGAAUUUGAUAGGAACAGUCAGGACAGUCCAAGACAAAUUAGAAAAAGAAAUUCACAGUAAACAUUCACACCAGUUUUAGUUUGAUUCCAAGUUCUAAUUAGGAGUAAGAAAUUCACAAUAGCAGCAGAUCUUCACAAGGUAAUAAAAUAUUUUUAUUCAGUGUAUCUCUUGUCUGGUAAGAAAUUCUAAGGAAAUACAAAAGUACAUAAAUGUCCACUCAGUAUUUUUUAUAGAAAUGGUUUAUUUCACCAAUAGCUGAACCCCAUUAAAUACUGUAAAGAUUCUUAUCAGAGAAUGUUUCACGGUGAUUUUAGAAAUCCAUUUCUAGAAACUAUGCACUGACUGUACUCAAGUGGAUCAGUACAGUAUGAUUAAUUUCUGGUUUUGGUUACAGGGUUUUAGUCGUUAUAUAUUUUGAGGCAUACAUGGACAUGAUUAUACAAGACAUAUUAGAAUAAUAAAUUAUUCUAAUAUUAAUAUUACUUUCUAUUGCCUUCAAGUGCAUUUAUUCUAAUCUAACUAAAUAGUUUAAUAGAGCUUUUAUAAUUAGUUUUUUAUCAUUAGAUUUUGUUCAUAGAGUAUACAUUUAUAUUUAUGAUAAAACAACCACUAAAUAAUGUCUGGUUGCUCAGCUGUAUUUAAGUAAUGUAGUGAAAUGCACUUUAUCAUGAAGUAGCAUGAACUUCAGUGAGCUUCAUGACAUCAGUAGGAAACCUGUUUGUAGUGUAGUCUUUCUGCAUGACCUUUAGUACCUUCCACUACACGUUUGUACAUUUAUGUGAGUACUUAUCCAUCAUUUUAAAGUACUAAGUUCACAGUAAAUUUAUUAUCAAGGUACAUAUAUGUUACCUUAUACUACCCUGAAAUUAAUUUUCUUGCAGCUGAUUCACAGUAGAUCUAAGAACUACAGUAGAAUUAAUUAUAAAAACUACACACAAAGAUUGAUAAACAGUGGUUUUGACUUGAAAGGCUGUGUGUGUAAUAAGUUGUAACUGCUACUUCUCAUAGUCUAAUCUUUAAAAUUAAAUUCAAUCCUUGCAGUAAUAGUAAACGUAAAAUUUUCAAACUCUGAUUAUGAGGAAGAUAUCCUAUAUUUCAUCCUCAAACAGUAAGUGCUCACACCAACUUUUUGUUAUCUAUCAAAGUGGCUAAUAAUACAUUUUUAUGCCACUUAAACUUGGGGCUGUUCUUAAGUGUAGCAAAGCACGAAAAUAGAAGGGAGUUCUUUUUUUUAAUCAUUUAUGACCUGAACAGAUGGAGUUUUGCCUGCACUUCCCUUUUCACAAAUAACCACAUUUCAUGUUUUCUUGUUUUUAAUAUUAGACAGUUCACACUCUGUUCAAGUACAGAUUUGCUUUAAAUUAUGUUUUGAUUUUAAGCUAUACAAUAUGAUUUUAUUACCAAAGCUAAUCUCUUUGUACCGUCUUUUUCAUUGUCAUUAUUUCAAAUUUGCUAACUGGUGUCUGAUUGACUUAGUAAAACCCAUUGGCUCUCUGAAAAUUACUUGGCCUAAAUUGGAAACAGUUGAGGUGCAGAUUAACAUUGUUCACAUUAGUUGUGAAGUGAAUUCAGCACAACAAAUCCACUUCACAUGACGUAAUCUUUGUCAGCCAUACUUUUUGUGUCUGCAGACUUGCUGGACAGAAAAGUACAUAAUAUUCAUAUAAUUUUGAAAUAUUUGAAUAGUAUUGUUUUGGGGCAAUAGCCAUUUGUGUGUCUGAUAACAAAACAGAAAUAAUAUAUUUAAGAACUGACUCAUUUUCACUUUUUAAAAAAUUUGAUAAGAGAAUAAGAAGGAUAAGUAAAAAAAACUGGGGUGAAAAUGUAUUAUAAUAUUAGUCUUUAAUAAUUGCCCAUCAUGGGAAAAUUUUAGAUAGGAAUCAUUUGAUUUCAAUAAAUUUAAGACACUGGGAUUGGGAAAAGGAGGUAGUUCUGAUAGGACUGGGUGCAGUGAGUGAGGAUUAAUUUUGAUAAGGAGACAAUAUUUUGCACAUUUAAAAAUAAUUGGCAGCAUUGUGCUUUUGGAAAGCGACGCUGCUGCAACAAAACUAUAAAUGCUGUCAGUAAUAAGCUUCUAACCAGUAAAAGCACACAAAUCUAAGCAACCAUUAGUAAAUAAAUCAAUCGUAUACUUUGGUUUCAACAAUUCGAUAUUGUUCUUCUAUUUUCAAUGUUCAAAGUAAACUUAUUAUCAGAGUACAUAUAUAUGUCACCAUAUACUUCCAUGAGAUUCAAUUUCUCAUUCCUUGAGUUAACCUGGCUUGUAAGAAGUGCAAUAGUACUGAUUUAAGAGGGCAUCUUUUUUUAAAACAUUUUCCCAUUUAUGUGCAGUGAUGACUUUAAAACACUUUUGUACUGACUAGAAUUUUCAGAAGAUCAUUGUACAAAAAUGUAUUCAUCAAACAAAUUUGAGAAUGCAUAUUGGCUUGGAUCAUAACCCAGCAUAGUGUGUUUGACUGCAGAGUAUUUCAUCAGUGCAGCUCAUUGACUUGAAAAGUUUACUGCUUCUCUCCAAAACUGUUACCAGACCUGCUGAACAUUUCCAGCAUCUGCAUUUUCAAUUCCAAUUUCCAGUAUCCUGAGUAUUUGCUGUUUGUGAUCUUGUCUAUUUGUCAUUCUGUUUUUGUUUGGAGCAUCAACAUGUUUAAAAGGCGUUCACGUAAUGGAGAUUAUGAACAUUUCAAAUGAUUAGUAAUAAUAUGAAAAUAAAGGUAUGACUAUAUCUGACUGCAUAAUACUGCAUUGCAGAUUAAGUUGAUUUGUUCUCAAUAUUGCACUAUCAUUAAAUGAAUCAUAUAGGAUUCUUAAUAGACUACUUAAUUGUAACCCUGUUUCUAAGUAAAUCUACUUAUACCUUGUUGCUCACCUUUACAAGAGGCAAUCAUAAAAAUUCUUAAAACAUUUGAAUAUCUUCUUGUGCUUUUUCUGUGUAUUGACAAAUAUUAGACUGUUCUAAAUCUAAUUCAGUACUGAAUUUUAUAGGAUGCAAUUUUUCUACAUUUCUUUGAUCUUUUUGUGGCACUUACUGGAAAUAAUGGAAUAUCUAAUUCACUUGUAUUCAGCAGGGAUGUAAUGUUAAGUCACUGACCUAUGAAUCAGGCUUGGAACCACUUUUAUGCCAGGAGUAAACUGAGAUGUAUCAAGUAAUGUUUUUGCUGGACCAUUGGAAAUUGACUGAAACUGACAAAUAUUGGAACAAAUAAUUUCCAAAGAAGUUGACUGUACUUCCCAACUAGUUGGAACGAGUACCUAAAUGUCUGUGAUUAACAUACGUGGAAGAGUUUUUGCUUUUCAUUUGUAGAUUGUUGUAAAUACUUCUGUAGCUGCUCAGUUAUGAUUAUUUGUACACAAAUUUGGAUGUCUUUAUGUUCAUAUUCUUUUUUAAAUGUGACAUUUUGUCUGCUGAGAGCAUCUAGAUCUGUCACUUGUGUUCUUACAGCCACAGAGACUUGAUGUGUAUUGUUCAAUUAUUUCCCAGAGUGGACCUACUAAAAACAUGGUGGCCUUGGCUCUAAAUAUAUUGUAUAGAUAACUGUUAUGUAAAAAGGCAUGAUUUGUCAACUCCACUUUAGUUGUAACUGUCACCUUUGUACAUAUGUAUAACAUACAUUAUAGGUUUAUGAGGCUUUUGUGAUAAAUAAAGAUUGUAUAUGAAUAUAGUA